AUGAACCCUGAGGCCACCUCCCUCCUCCUCGGGCUCCCUCCACUCCCUCCUCGGGCUCUCUUCUCGGGCUGCCUGCUCAGGCUCCCUCUUCUGGCUCCCUCCUCGGGCUCAUACCUCGGACUCCUCUCCUUCGUGCUCCCAUCCCUCCUUGUCACAGUCUCUGCCUCCCCCCUCCCUCUCCUGUUGGUGCUGCUGUGGCCCGCGGCCCGAUCGACCUGCUGGGAUCUGAAAUGCCACGUUCUGUUGUGUGCCAUUAGACGGUCCGCUCACCCCUCAUCGUUCACCAUCUGGAAGAAGCAUGUUCCCCUGAUAGAAAAGGGCAGAGCUGCGGACCGUGUCUGUGAUCUGAGCUUGUGGUGUCCAGGACGGAGCUGCUCUGUCCCCUCUUCUCUCGAGGUCAGGGCCACUCGCUGCUCGCGCUCUCGGACCAUGGCGACCAACGGAACCAAAGCCGCGGAUGGACUGGUCCUAACAGAGACCGUGACGGACGCGCAGCCGGACGCCAACACCAGCAGCAGCACGCCAAACGAUAAACCCAAGACGCUGGUGGUCAAAGUGCAGAAGACGAAAAAGGAUUUACCAGAGCGAGAAACUUGGGGUGGAAAAUUUGACUUUCUGCUCUCGUGUGUGGGAUACGCAAUCGGACUGGGGAAUGUGUGGAGAUUCCCGUAUUUAUGUGGAAAGAACGGAGGAGGGGCCUUCUUGAUUCCAUACUUUUUGACGCUCAUAUUUGCUGGCAUGCCCCUGUUCUUUCUGGAGACGGCGCUGGGUCAGUACACGUCUAUCGGAGGCCUCGGAGUGUGGAAAUUGGCCCCCGUGUUCAAAGGUGUGGGUCUGGCUGCUGCUGUCCUUUCCUUUUGGCUCAAUAUCUAUUACAUUGUUAUCAUUUCCUGGGCUAUUUACUACCUGUACAACUCCUUCGCCGCUGAAUUGCCCUGGCAGAGCUGCGGCAAUCCCUGGAACACAGAUCGCUGCUACACCAACUACAGCAUCAUAGACACCUCUAAUCUCACCAGCUCAGUGGUGGAGUUCUGGGAACGAAACAUGCACCAGCUGACUGAUGGCCUGGAGAAGCCCGGGGAGCUCAGGGUGCCUCUGGCCAUCACACUGGCCAUCGCAUGGGUGCUUGUCUACUUCUGCAUCUGGAAGGGGGUCAGCUGGACCGGGAAAGUUGUGUAUUUCUCGGCUACGUACCCGUACUUCAUGCUUGCCAUCCUGUUCUUCCGCGGCAUCACGCUCCCGGGGGCCAUCGACGGAAUCAAGUUCUACAUCACCCCCGAGUUCAGCAAGCUCAAGGAGUCUGAGGUGUGGCUGGAUGCUGCUACACAGAUCUUCUUCUCGUAUGGUCUGGGUUUGGGUUCUCUGAUCGCUCUCGGCAGCUACAACACCUUCAAGAACAACGUCUACAGAGACUCGGUGAUCGUGUGCUGCAUAAACUCCUUCACCAGCAUGUUCGCCGGCCUCGUCAUCUUCUCCAUCGUCGGCUUCAUGUCUCACGUGACCAAGAAGGAGAUUGCAGACGUCGCCGCCUCAGGUCCUGGAUUGGCGUUCCUGGCGUAUCCUGAGGCCGUCACGCAGCUGCCCAUCUCCCCUCUGUGGGCCAUCCUCUUCUUCUCCAUGCUGCUGAUGUUGGGGAUUGACAGCCAGUUCUGCACCGUGGAGGGCUUUAUCACUGCUCUGGUGGAUGAGUUUCCCCAAGUUCUCAGAAAACGCAGAGAGAUCUUCAUCGCCAUUGUCUGCCUCAUCUCGUACAUCAUCGGACUGUCCAACAUCACACAGGGCGGGCUCUACGUCUUCAAACUCUUUGACUACUACUCGGCCAGCGGCAUGUCUCUGCUCUUCCUCGUCUUCUUCGAGUGCAUUUCCAUUUCCUGGUUUUACGGGGUGAACAACUUCUACGACAACAUAGAGGAGAUGAUCGGAUACAGACCGUGUUUGUGGUGGAAGGCCUGCUGGUGCGUCUUCACUCCUCUCAUCGUGGCUGGUGUGUUCCUGUUCAGCGCUGUUCAGAUGGUUCCUCUCACCAUGGGCGACUAUGUGUUCCCGGCCUGGGGGCAGGGAGUGGGCUGGCUCAUGGCUCUGUCCUCCAUGCUGCUCAUCCCAGGAUACAUGGGAUAUAUGUUCCUCACCCUCAAGGGCACGUACAAAGAGCGUCUGCGGCUGAUGAUCAAACCCGUGGUGCUGUCUCGCUCCAAGGAGAACGGCCCGGAGCAGCCCGAGCCCAGCCAGGUCCCGCCCACCGAAGAGGCUUACAUCUAA